GGGGCAAAAGGUUUAAUUGUCUAAAGCCUCCCUAAAACCCAGUCUAUGUCUCCGUCCGCCCCUCCCCGGGGAAGAGAGAAUUUCCGCCGGUAUGGCAAUAUCUCGCCUUCUUCUUCCAAAACCAGCGCUCCGUUUCCGAAAUAGAGAGCUUAUACAAUCACGAAGAUGUUGUUCCUUUUCUCCUUCUCCUUCUUUGUUUUCUUCGAGUGGUGGCGAAGACAAGUCAUCUCAUUUGGAGAAAUUGGAGGCGGCAAAGGAGGAGAGAGCCGUGGCUGCGGAAUCAAAAGAUAUCCAAAAGCAUUCAGGAAUCGUUCCUGAAGCAAAAGAAACCAGAAACAAAGUGGGAGGAUCAUGGGUUAAAGGACUUCUCAUGAGCUUGAAGGAAAAGCUGAUGUGGAGUCAAUCUGAAAAGCACAUUACUGGGGAAACAUCAAACUUGAUUGUUGACAUGAAAGUAUCUGAGGCUAAUAUGACACAGAAUAAUUUGCAUAAUACCAAAUUUCAUGAGUGCCAGAAGGCAGUUCAAUUGCCAGAAAUCAGAAUGAGUUCUGUUCGGAAAACAAAGAGUGUUUCAACCUGUUCAACAUCUUUUGAGGGACAAAAUUCCUUUGAAGGUGCAGUUCAGACAGAUGCUUCCAAGGAUAUAAAGAUGCAUGAACAUCCAGAUAGUUUUGAACUCAGUGAGCUUAUAAAGAUGCAUAUGCAUCGAGAUAAUAACCAACUGAGUGAGCCUGAAAAUAAAAUUCAAUCAUCGGAAGUCCUUGGGCCUUCUGUUGGUUGUGAGAAUGACACUUCAACAGUUAUGAAAUCUCAUAUAAUUGGGGAAAGUAAUUUGGAGAAUGUGGUUGCGAUAGAAGAUCCUGAGGUUGUUAAAAUGCAUGAUGGUCUAGAUAAUUCCAAGCUUGUUAACUGUCAAAGUACACUUCAAUUGUCAGUAGAAGUGAUGGAUGCUCAUGCCAAUAAAAGAAAGGUUGUCAAAACACCAGCUUCUGAUGUGAUGGAUAGUACAGAGUUGGUUAAACCAAAAAAGAAGCAUGAGCAGCAUGAGGAGGCAACAACAGGCUUAAUUGUUGGUUGUGGCAUAGAUCAAGCAUCAGGUACUGAGAAUUUUUCUCAUUUGAAACAGGAGUUGAUGAAUAUGACAUCUAUAACAUUGUCAAAAGAUGGUAAUCAAUUGAGCUUAAGCACCAAUCAGAAUCAUCAGCUUGACAGGCAGACAGCAAGUUAUAUUCAAGGACUGAAGUCAAACACUAAGGUAAGGAAAAAGCCUGCACAGUCUAAGAAUUCCACAGACUUGAAUAUAGUAGGCAUUUUGGCAACAAAAUUGAACAUUCAGGCAGCAGAAUUGAAUUAUAAAUCAGAUAAAACUGCAGUGCCUAGUGAAUUUUCAGUAAAAGGGAAGAAAGGAGUGCAGAAACUAGAUGCUGAGGACUUAAUUAACCAUGUCAAGGUGUUUUCUGGCAAGCAGUCAACACCUAAGACACUGGCAAAUAGCAGCUCCAAUGUAACUGGUCAACUCAGGGAUAUUUGGUCAAUGGGAAGGAUCCAAGCAGAGGCUCGAGUGCAGAACUCAGAAGUUAAAAGAAAAUGGACUUCAUCAAAAGAUCAUGCUAAAGGCAAAGAGUAUAAGAAAUUUUUUGAAGAGACAGACACUGGAAUCCCUCUGGUGUUACAUACAGAAUCUAUGGGUGAGAAUGAGAAUGACAAAAGUUCGGGUAUGGCAACCUAUGAUCACGUUCAAUCAGAUUCAGAUCCAGAUCCAGAUCCAGAUUCAGAUUUGCCUCUUCUAAGUUGCAGAGAAGGGCUUAAGAGGGAUUUGUGUUCUUCCUCCACGGAAGAAGGAUCUGGACAAAACAAAGUAUUAGUCAGGUUUUUGAAGAAAUAUGUUAAGAAGAAAGCAAUUAUUCAAGCUUUCAAUGAUUGUGGCUCAAUUGUGAGUGUAGAGGAAGUUUCCUCCUCUCAAACAAGCAUAUUCAAAGAUGCCUUGGUGCAUUUUAAGACAAGGGAAGGUUUUAUGAACGCUCUCAAGAAGACUGAUGUGGUGGUGGACAAUGCGGAUGUCCUUGUGCAGCCAAUGUGUUCUUUAGAGGACAUGACUCAUACAACUUAUUUUCCUGAGCUGAUUGGUGAUCCUGAAGUUCCUGUUAUGCUAGUGAAGAAUCCCAUCAAAACAGUUAAAGUCACACAGCUGAGUGAUGACAUGAGUUUACAACAGCUGAAAGAUGCUCUUGCCUUCUGCCAGAGUAGCAUAACAAGCAUUUUCUUGGGUUCCUCAAGUUCUGUUGCUUAUGUGGAGUUUGAGACAGAAGAUGCAAAAGAGAGGGCAAUCGCAAAACAUUCCAUGUAUAUUUCAGGAAAGCAGUUACUUAUCUUCAGAAUUGAUUCACCAAUGACUACUGUUGUAAGAAUUUCAAAUACUAAAUCUCCGGCUCAAGUCCAUUCCAUAUGCAACCCCUAUGGAAAAAUCAAGUUGGUAAAAUGUAGAAGCAGUGACAUCGUGGAUGUGCAGUUUAAGUUUGUUGAAUGGCCAAACAUGCUGAAAAUUGUCAAUAGUUUAAAUGGAAUUGAAGUGGAUGGUAACAAGUGGCUUGUGCAGCCGGCUCCUGUCUUUCCUCCUCCAGUUCUCCACGUCCUUUGGAGCCAACAGGAAGGAAGAACAUAUGCAAAGUCUGCAAUUCACGGUUUAUUUAGGAAAAUCCAAAAACCUAUUGAUACAAGUGAUUAUACUGAUCUUGCUGCAUAUUAUUACUGAAGCAAACAAUUAUGAGAACCCUAACAACAAAUUUUGGUCUGAAAUGUUUUAGCAUUGAACCAGUCUGGUUUCUUCUUAGUUAAUCUCUUGAAAUAUUGUUAAUAUUUCUAUACAGUAGGAUGCCGUCUGAGGCUCAAUUAUAGUAGUCAACAGGAGUUCAUUAAGUUACAGGCCAUUUCAAUAAUGUGAAGCCUUUUCU